AUGGCUUUGCAUAAAUUUCCGAAACCUAAAACAUUUCAUGUCGAUUACUGUGGUUGUACAGCCGCAGCUUUGCUUCUCAAUGAGCCAUCCAUACGCGAAGCGAUUAAUUUAGUUCGACAAUCGAAAUCGAAACGUGAAUUUGUGAAAACGAAAUUAUCAGUAUCUCGGGAUGGUAUCAAAAUUGUUUAUGAAGAUGAACAAAACUAUUCCACUUUCGUACCGGCAUCAAUGAUCGCUGGUUCAACUAUUAGUAAAUCUUCGCAUGAUACAGUUGGUAUUGUCUACAUAUCACCAUUGACAGGUCGUCAUUAUCCUGCGUUUGUACACGCGUACCGGUGUGAUUCAUCGCGUGCGGCUCAAAAACUGUUAAUUCGUUUCCGUGCGUUCAUUUUCCUCGAUGAUCAUCGAUCACAAGUUCUCCGACUUGAACGAGAAUUACUUCAACAGAGUCUACUGACCACAGAUCGAAAUAAUUCUUCGAAAAUACCAUCACAGUCACCUAAGACAACAACUCUAGAAUCUAAUCGAACUAAUACUGGCCUUUCAUCGUCAUCGGGAAGUAGCAGUAGUCGGCCAGACAGGAUCGAUCCUGUUAAAUCAAUAACACAAGAACUACAGAAGAAAAUCGAUUCUCAAGAACCUCUCCUAUUCCCCCCGAAAGAUUAUGAUACAGUUCAUGCUCAUCGUGGAAAUAUUCAACGUGCUCAAGCAUGGAAAAGUACCGAGCCAUCGAUUGUUGGUUAUACAUCAAUUGAUCAAGAUAAUCAGCGACCACGACAACGGCCGACGUUUACGAAUCACGACUCGUCUAACAAUAAGUCAAGUCGAGAUGGAAUAAAAAUAUCCGAUAAUAGCAGUAAUGGCUUUGAAAAUCCUGAAAGAAUACGUUUUUCUUCUCAGAGAAGUGACAUAUCUCUUGAUCCGGUCGAAACCGUGAGCUUAGCAUUCGAUUUUCUCAAAGAUGAAACAGAUUCAAUAAUGACGGAUAAUGAUGGCAACAUCGAACCUCUCGAAAUCGAGCAACCAGAUAAGUCAGCAGUGUUUCGCUUUCGACCACCGCCUAUUACAGCCAUUACUAAAAAGCUUUUCGCACGGAGCAACAAUUACGAGUUACAAAACGAUUUAAAUGCUUACUAUAAUAAUACUCGUCUCCAUCAUCAUCAUCAUCAUCAUCAUCAACAGCAACAGCAACAACUUCAAAAACCAAAUGAAAUUCGAGCUCGUUCCGAGACCAACUUGCAUAUUCAACCACCGCAUAGAAUACACCUUAGUCCACGUUACGAAAGUCGUCUAGCCAGUGGGAGUGGUGCACCUAUUCCCACGAACCCGUUAUGGACAUCGACAUCACCUACGACAGUCGGUUCACAGCCUAAUCUAUUAACAAAUCAUAGUCCGACGUUGCAACCACCAUUCUAUGGUAUGUUGAGCCCACCAACGGAACGAAGAGUGGCUCCGAUACCAUUACAGCAUCCUCUCUAUGCAGCUCAUCCAAAUACCAAAUCAUCUGUGACAUACUACCAACACGAAAGUCCACCAAAACGUUUCGAACAACCAACACCAUCUACAUAUAUUAGUAAGCAACAAACGCCCCCAUUCAAAUAUUUUGAUACAAAUGAAUUUAUACUGCGUGCAUCGAAUGGAAAUUUAUUAAAUAAUUAUCAACAACCUGCACGGCCAUUGUCGGGCCCAUCACGAGACCACAUAUUUCAAUCUAACAAUGUAAAUACCAAUAGUAAUGCUAUGCUGGAUGUAUAUUACUGA